UCAUCUUUGAUUAGUGUGGCUAGUUUGUUACCAAUAGUCCAAAUCAAAAGUACAAAAUUACGAAAUCCAUCCAGGAGAGCGAGGUCAUAAACAGUGGUCAAAACUCACUCAAGAAGCAAAAACUCACUUCUUGAUUGACUUACGCUCUCUUCUUCUCCACCUCCGGCCAGCCACACCGCCGGUGAGCCGUGCGCGUGACACACCGAUGGCUAGCGAGGCGGUGUCCAUGGCCGCGAACAUCGCGCAGCUCACCGGCGUGGACGCGCUGGGGCUGAUCACGAUGAUCGUGGAGGCGGCGAAGGCGGCUCGCCGGAACAAGCGGACGUGCCUGGAGCUGGCCCGGCUGGUGGAGCAGGUCGGCGACCUACUCCGCGCCCUGCAGGAGCAGCCCGGGGUGACGGUGAUGGAGCGGCCGGAGACGAGCGCGCCGCUGAGGGAGCUGCAGGAGACGCUCCGGCGAGCGCACGAGCUCGUCGAGUCCUGCCGGCGGCGGGGCAGCUACCCUCGCCGGCUCUUCGCCGGGAAGGAGCAGGGCGAGAGCCUCCGCGAGGUGCAGAGCAAGAUCAGCAUCUACCUCCAGCUCUUCCCGAUCAUCUGCCACAUCGACGGCACACGCCUCCUCGUCCGCGUCAUCGCCGACGGCGCCGCUGCCGCCCGCUCGCCACGCCCCGAGGAUGAAGAAGAUGAAGUGCUCAUGUCGCUCACCAAUCGCCCAAAUCCUCAAGCUAGGUUUGAGAAGUUCAGUUAUUCUCAGCUUGUGCAUGCUACAAAUGACUUUUCACUCGACAGUCAACUGGAACAGAGCACCUUGGCCACUUUAUACAAGGGUAAACUUCAUGGGAAUGACGUUACCAUCAAAAGACUUUCACUUCUAACUUCAGGUCAGAGGUUACCAGAAUGUAUGAGUGAGAAUGAGCUAUUCAAAAACGAAAUCAAGAUUCUUCCAGAACUUCAGCACAAAAAUGUAGCCAAACUCGUGGGAUUUUGCACCGAACGACGCGAAAGGACUACUGUCUACGAAUUCAUGCAGAACGGGAGUUUGGAAAACAUCAUAUUUGGAGCAGCAACAGCAAGGUCGAUACUUGAUUGGCCGACACGAUUCAGAAUAAUUGAAGGGAUAGCACAGGGUCUAGCUUAUUUACACAAUUAUUCAAGGGUAUGUAUUAUUCAUAGAGAUCUGAAGCCAAGCAACAUUCUUUUGGAUUCAGAUAUGAAUCCAAAAAUAUCCAAUUUUGAGUUGGCUGAAAUGCUAAGUUCAGGCACUGACGAACAGAAAACAGAUAACGUGGUAGGCUCAAUUGGAUUCAGUGCUCCAGAGUAUAUGCAUAAAGGUAUUUUCUCAGUCAAAACCGAUGUGUAUAGCUUCGGGGUCAUGGUUCUGGAGAUCAUAAGUGGAAAAAGAUGGACUCAACCAAAUCAGACACGGUUCCACAAAGAUUUAUUAACAUGGGCAUGGGUGAGAUCAUGGUGCUGCGGCGCGCGCGUGGCGCGGAGGCUGAAGGAGCUGGUCGACCCGCCGCUGCACGCCGCGUCGUUCCGCGGCGGGGCGCUGCCGCGCUGCCUCUCGCUCCCGGCGAGGCGGCGCGCGCUGUCGCAGCAGCGGGAGAUGCGGCGGUGCGCCCGCGCGGCGCUGCUCUGCAUCCAGGAGAGCCCCAAGCGGCGACCCGCCAUGCCGGAGGUUGUCCACAUGCUGCGCCCCAGGGGGAAGGCCACGCCGCCGCUGCCCGGCCGGUCUCGAUUCACCGCGGCGAGGGCGAGCUCGAUCCACGGCGGCGAGACGAGCAGCUGAUUGAUGGAUUGUUCAUCAUUGGAAGAGAGCAAUUUGUAGUAUUCAUGAACUGAAAACAGUUCAGAGUUUUUCAGACGAACACAAGAGCACUGAACUGAAUAGCUGAAGAGGUUCAGGAAUGAUCAAAUCCUGAUAUAUGGAAACAUUUUGGUGGGUUUUCACUCAUUUUCACUGGUGUAAACUAAUGCCGUCAGGUGAAAUGCUGAUACGAAAUGAAAUCCUUUUGUAGUUGCAGUAAUGAAUUCCUUUUUACCAUGUAAAGAUUUGCACAUUGCAAACGUUUCAAGUACAACAAGAGACUUAAAAUCCUGAUCUGCAACAAGAGAUUUAUUUGUAA